AAACAAAAUGGCGGCGGCGCUGUGUAGAACAUUUGUAGGUCUUACAAGAAGAACUGUGCUCACUUAUCAAGUGAGGGCAUAUGGCAGUAAAGCAGAUGGGGGAAGAGAUUUAGGUGUAAGCGGCAUGCAUGCUAUAUUCCCACCAGAAGAAAGUCACGAAGGAAAAGUUGAAUCACCAGACUCUCUGAUGCCCAGUAAUCUUGGUCACAUGACUGGUGAGGAAAGAGAUGAAAUUUUAACGGAGUUGGGAGGUGCCAAGGAUCAUUUUGACUUUGAUGGACUGCGUGUAAAUGAACGAGAUGGUACCAGAGAAUCCCCCAUCCUUGUACGAUCCGAGAGUGACAGCAGAAUUGUUGGAUGUCUUUGUGAUGAUGAACAAGUCCAUAUUAACUACAUGGUGUUAACAGCUGGAGCGCCCAAGAGAUGUAUGUGUGGGUUUUGGUAUAAACUUAUAGAAGCAUAGUACUUAACUAGAGGCUACAGAAGUUUUACCUCACCGUUUUGCUGUUUAUCAUCAAAUGAGCUGACCUGCACAUCUGAGGAUCACAUGACAAAGUUAAUGGAAGUCAUCUUGCAGUAUUGACAAUUGAUGGUUUGAUUUCUUAAUUGAUUACGGAACUUAAUAUUGUGCAGCUGAUUUAAAGUGUUAGCGAAGGCAUGUGAAUGUGUGACUUAUUUCAAAAUUCAAAAUAUUAAAAUUUUGUUCUAUUAAA